AUGACGCUGUUCCCCAAUCCACAACCACCAACCCCACCCGACGCGAUCCGUCCCGAUCAGCCUCAACCCCCGACUUACACCCGUCAACCGCGAAGCGCAAUGUCACAACCCACCAAGCUCAUCAUCGUCUGCUGCCACGGCAUAUGGCUCGGCGGACCCUCCAAAGGCCACAACGAGGCCGAAUGGCUCCUCGCCGACUUCCAGCACGGCGAAACUCCCACCUUCAUCGCGCACAUCAAAGCCGGGCUCCAAUGCCUCGCAGACGACAGGGGCCACGCCGUCCUCGCAUUCUCAGGCGCGCCAACCCGCAAAGAAACGACCCUCUCAGAGGCCCAGUCGUACGCCAACGUGGCCAUGCAAAACGCCUACUUUGGCCUCCUUGACCCUCCCGUCAUGGAGACGGAUAUCAUACUCGAGGAGCGGGCCCUUGACUCCUACCACAACGUGCUGUUUAGCCUAUCGCUGUUUUAUGCGCGGUUCCAUUGCUGGCCGCGGCGCGUGGUCAUUGUAAGCCACGCGUUCAAGAGGCCAAGGAUGUUAGAGGGCCACUGCGUCGCUAUUGGGUUUCCGCUGGAUAGGGUGUCGUUUGUCGGUGUAGAUCCGCCGUGUUUGGAGGGGAAGCCCGGCGUGAUGACGGGCGUGACGCAGGCCGAGGCGGAUUGGGGCCAUGAUCCGCAUGGAAGGGGGCAGAAGCUGGCGGCGAAGAGGGCGAGCAGGAACGUUUGGGGAGUGUGGCAGGGCAUUUUCGAGGAGGGCACAGAGGAUGGCGAUAAGGGGGGGUUACGGACCAUUGGGGACGGUGCAUGUGAAGUCUUGGUCGACGGAGAGAGGCCGUGGUGA